AUAGUAGGAUGUAAUAGCAUACGGUAUACUGUUAUUUCCAAAUGACAAUGACCAAUAUGACCUCGAAAUGUCAGAAGAUCCCCCUCCAGCUCACUAACAAGAGCCUUUACAUUCCCCAGACCUUUUCCUCCCCCUUCAAGAUUCUCUUCUCUAUCUCCUUUCCUUGUCAAAGGUGAAGUACUGUUUUCCCGCCAAAAAGAAACCUCCUAUAUCUUCUCCUCAUAAAUUACUAUUCUCCUUUUACCAGCUCCACUGUUAUAGCUAAACAAACAGACAAGAAACAGAGACCGAGUGUCACAGAGAUCACCAUGAAGGGCACAUCAAAGGUGAUAAUGGGUGCCACAUUGGUUAUGGUGGUGAGUCUUGCCAUGGUUUUAGGUCUAAUCCUAGUCCUUCUAGCUGAGCUCUACUGCUCUCUUUUACUCCGAAGGCGUGAGCACAGAAUCACCACCACCUCCAACACCAACAACCCAGCCACUCCAGAUGCUCCUUCAGCCACCGAGACCGCCAUUAACACCAGCUCUCCUUCUUACCCAACACAGCCUCAAGAUCAGUCUGCGGGUCAGCCUCUCAGUAGUUUCUACUCUCAGGGGGUUCUUCGUGCUCCAAGGAGCUUCCUCUUCCCUGCAAUUUCAUGCAAAGAAGACAGCGUGGAAACGAAGAAGCAACAUUGUCAGCUGGAUCAGGUUAUUGACAUUCCAAAACAAGAACCAAACUUAAUCCCCUGCAGAAUCGGGAUUGUAUCGACUCCAUCACCAUCCAUUUCCUUUGCAGCUUCCCCACAGGUAACUGGAGAAGAGAAAGAAGAAGCUGAUGGUGGUAGUAAUAUUACUCGCGAUGAGAAAGAAGAAGCUGGUGGUGGUAGCAAUAUUACUCGCAAUGAGAAAAGUUGUGGUGGUGGUGGUGUUGGAGAGCAUUUUGUGUACAUUUCCAAUCCCAUUUAUGACAAUGAUGGAACCAGAUUCAGUGGAGUGAAUACCCCAUUUGAGACUCCGGAUUCAUCGCCUUCGAGAUUAGAAAUGGCGGGUUCUUCUUCAGGAGAAGAUGAAGUUUCCCAACCAUCCCCAUCUAGUCCCUCAAGUCCAUUAACACCUCCAUUGACUCCCAUGAAGAAGCUCCCAGCAGAGGCUAGUUCAAUCUCUUUAAGAAAUGCCAGAUCUCUAGCCACUUCAGGUAGUGAAUCAAAUACUAACAAUGGUCUCUCAUCCUCAUCGUCAGGUUCUCCUUGUACUUCUCCUUCAUGGUGACUCAUCCAUUCCAUAAUCACUAUGAGGAUUUUUGUUUAUUAUUAUUAUUAUUAUUAUUAUUUUUCCUUUUUAGCUAAUUUGGUUUAGGGGGGUUUUAUCUUUCCUGUGAAUAUAGUAAUGGGGAUGGUAAAAGUAGCUGCGAAAGACAGAACCACAAAGAACCUUUCACUGCAUGCGUGGCUAUGGCUCGUCCAUCCAAGCCACGCCCAUGCCACCUAAACUUCUCUCACUUGGUUUUUUCCCCCCUAUACCUUGCAGCAUUGGUUUUUUGUUUUUUGUUUUCAUUUGGUUUGUGUUAUCGUUUUUGGAAAGUAGUCGCGUUUCUAUCUAGCGGUAGUGUACAAACCUACCUUUGUUUUUGUUUUGGAAUUGUGAGAAUGCAUGUGAACUAUGGAAGAAAGACUAAAGGGUAAACAAAGAAACAAAAAAUUAAAAAAAUGAAAUAAAAUAAAAUAAAAGGAAAAAAAAAAAUCUCUGUUUUUGAGGAGCCUCGAGUACUAUUCUCGAUGCAUUGAAGCUGAAAAAAAAUAAACAAAAAACUGUCACUUGCGAGGUCUCUGUCCACUCUGAUAAGGACGAGUCCUCAUGUUUUUUCAGGAUCUCCAAUAGGGCAAGAAGCUUCAGUUUCUGCACCGACUGAAUUUAAUAGAUACAAGUUUUGAUAAAUUUUCCAAAAUGCCAUGAGUUAAGAAAUGAGGCACCACCAACGUGAAAAUUUUCUUUAUUUUUUGCUCCAAAAAAUAUGUAUUGUUGUAUCUUUUGUCUUUUUUUUUUUUUUUUUUUGGUAAACAUGCCUUUGUGUAUUUAUUUAUGAACUCCAUUGGUAAUUUGACUUGAGAAAUGGAUAACAAAAUUAUGCUGACGGGAAGAGCCCAUAAAGCUGGAUAAAGGUCUCUCAUCAGACUCAUUAUUUGGAGAAAAUUUCGUAGACUCUCUCUGACUUUUGGUUGGCCCUUUCAAAAAAUAGAAUAUUUUUGACUUCAGACAAUAAUUGAGCUUCCGUUUUUCCCUUUUUUUUUUUUUUUUGGGUUUUUGGGGGGGGGGGGUGGUUUGAUUUGAUAGUACACUACUUUAUGGUUCGCAGCAAAAUAAAUAAAAGUAGGAGUAUAAAAUAUUAAGAGAAAUAAAAAAAAAAUUAGUAUUUCUCAGAUUAUGACAAUGGCUAUUAUUGUGUUUGAAAUGCUGUGGCUGCAGUUUUUACUGCCAAAAAUUAAUACACAGACUGCAGCAAAUGGCAUCACUGUGUACCCACAUGUAUCGAUCAGUAAUAUAGUUUUCCACUCUGGUUAUCUUGUUCAUGCUCUCUUUCCUAGUAGACAAAUUUCAACAAACAAUCUGACAAAUUAAAAAAAAAGAAAAAAAAGAAAAAAAAAAGAACACUAUCUAUAUCCCCACAUCCUAAUUAAUUCUGUCUCUUUCGGGUAUUUGGCUACAAACAGUCUAACAAUCUAUCCAUUGGCUUGACAGAUCACAUAAUUAGGAAGGAAUGCAUGUCCAAGGUGUCUCGGACGAAUUUAUCUCCCACAAACCAUGAAAAGAAAAAAAUUGCUUAUUAGAAAAUUUGUGUUUUUAGGUAUAAAUUCCCCGAUUUGCAGUUUUAAUCUUUAAUCUCCAAUCCUCUGAUUACUCUGCUUAUUUAGGACAUUGCAAAUAAACACAAUCAAAUAAUGAUCCAGGCUUUGAAAUUGUUAGUUUUUUUGAAGUCCAUGACCACUUUUUUUUGCAUUGAACAUAAAAACAUAUAAAACAUACAACAUGUGCGCGCAGCAAUGUUAAUGUGUCUUCAAUGAAGAUGAAGACUCUUCAUCUUUGAUUAGGCGCCACAGAAAGUUUCCAUCUCUUUCGAGUGAGGUAAGC